AUGGCUUCGGCUCCCGAUCUGAGGCGGGCCCGCGGCCUGGAGCUCGGGAUGGCGUAUGGGCCGCCUGGCUAUGGCGGCCAGCCAAUGCCGGCGAUGCUGGCGCAGCCUCCAUAUGGAGGAGGACCAUCCCUGCCAUCGGCACGGGGCACUUCCGUCAUGACGAUGGCGAGCACCCAGGCCGAUGGCCUGCAAGCAGAGGUGGCGCGACGUCAGGCAGCCGAGGCGCGGGUGCAGGAGCUGGAGGCGCUGGUGGCGCGGCUGCAGAACCGCGUGGCGGUGCUUGAAGGGCGGCCGGCCAAAGGUGGCUCAUCCCGCCGGUCAGGCCUGUCCCAGGCCUUGAAGGAGAGCGAGCCGCGAGAGGAGGUGAAUGGCGAGGAGGACUCCAUCGACAGAGUAAUUCGGACGUAUUUGGAGCACAACCCUGACUUCCCAGUGUCGAUUCAGAAGGUGGCCCCAAACUUCUACGUCUUUGGCGAUCGUGGGACUGUGUACAUCCAGCAGCGCGGCGAGCAUGUUGUGGUGCGCGUGGGCGGCGGCUACAAGUCCUUGCAGGUCUUUAUGGAUGAGCGUGCCCUGAUGGUAACGCGGGACAAUGCCUGCCUCCCAGAGUGGUCGUAA